ACUCGAAAAAAGAAGAAGAAGAAUUGUGGGAAAACAUGGCGGCCACCGUUCCUAAAAUCUUGUCCUUCGCUAAAAAUACGAGGACUUUCCUCACAACAUUAAGAAUUUCUUCAGUACCUGUUCAGCGAUACAGUGUUCCUGUUUCUACCUACGGGGAAAAAAUCACUCACACUGGACAGGUUUUUGAUGAACAUGAUGUAAGAAGAGCAAGAUUUGUGGGGAGACAAAAAGAGGUGAAUCAGAAUUUUGCCAUAGACCUGGUUGCAGAGGAGCCGGUAUCUGAGCUGGAAGCUCGAGUGGUGUCCUGUGAUGGAGGUGGAGGAGCUCUGGGCCAUCCCAAAGUUUAUAUCAACCUGGACAAAACGACCAAAGUGGGUACGUGCGGUUACUGCGGACGGCAGUUUCAGCAGAAACACCACCACUAAGACGUCUCCAGUCCUCUUUCGUCUGCUGAUUAUAAAUUAUUCCCUUUGACCCGUGUGGUUUCCUGUACAAUAAAAACAUACAACUGAUUAAAAAAAAAAA